UCAUUCUUUAUAAAGCGUUUUAACAGAGUGAUCUAUAUUUGGGUCCCAAAAUAAAACUUGUGUAAUAGAGAAAACGACUUCAGUGAAAACAUCAAGAUGUGUUUCCAAAAUUGUGCAAAAUACUUGCUUGUUAUUCUGAACAUCGCCAUCUUCGUUGCUGGUGGUAUUCUAGCGGUUGCAGGCCUACUGUUACUGUUCGAGUCGGGUCUAUUACACACUGACGUCAUUACGUUAUUGUACAAAAUCAAAUAUGGCUCCGUCAGGGUCGGACUCGUUGUCCAAGUCGUCUGCUACAUGAUGAUAGCAACUGGCGCCAUUAUCAUGGUGGUCGCCAUUAUUGGUAUCUGCGGCGCUUGGAAGAAAAUCAAAUGCUGUUUAUUAGUGUUUGUGCUGAUCCUCGUCAUCACGGUGCUGUUACAGGCAACUCUGGUCGGACUUUGGAUCAAUGUCAACGGCAGGUCUGACGAAUGGUUGAAAGGAGAAAUGCUGACACUCAUCGCUGAUUAUAAAGGUCCAACAGAGACCGAUGUCGUUUCUAAGGGGUUCAACAAGCUCUUUAUGAAGGCACGUUGUUGCGGUGUCAACAGUUACUCGGACAUGGAAAGCAAACCGACAUCAUGGUUUACAGUUACGGGUUCGGUUGCCUCACCGCCUGAAAAAGUUCCGGCGACUUGUUGUCAAGGAGUUGAAACAAGCAGCGACAUAACAGCUAAAGUUGAAUCUACCUGCACAACAACGCCAAAAGAUUACUACACUGAUGGCUGUUUUGAAGUGAUCAAUGAUCAGGUUAAAAUGGAUCUGCUUAUCGUCUGUAUCGUGUGUGCCAUUGCGUUCAUGGUUGAGGUUGCUGCGAUUGUUAUGUCGUGUAUGUUGUUAGAUCAGACCAAGAACAGGAUCAGACAUGCCAAUGCUGGUGAAAAACAUGCACAACCACCACCUUACAUCGGCAUUGACGCUGUCUUGAAGAACAAAGGCAACAAAUCAAAACGUUAUUAAAGCAAAAUUUUCUCCUGUAACUCUAAAUUUUCUGUGGAAAUCAAUGUUUAAAUAUUAAAAGACAAUUCAACAAACCAUGCAAACAAGUGAC